GAAAAUAAAUUAAAGUAAAAAAAUUUUUUUUUAUCAAUUAUAUAAACGAAAUUAAUGAUAAUUUUUUUUUACUCGCCGAUAUUUGCACAAAAACGAUCAACCAUUCCGUUAGAAUAAUUAAAAAAAAUAGAAUUGCUCGAACAAUUCUUAGCAUCUUAAUAAUACAUCAAUUAUUAUUAUAUAAAAAAUUAAUUUAUAAUAUUUAAUAUAUUAAAAAAAUAAGGCUUUAAAAAUGUACAUAAAAUUACAAUUACUAUAAAUAUUAUACUAUUUACUCAAAAAAAAAAUGUAUCAAAUGUAAACUUGUGAAUAGCUUUAAAUACAGACUAUUAAAAAAUAAUGAGCUUGCAUUGAAAAUCUUAAAUGCUGAUGAAAAUCAGUUUAAGAAAACAAAUUCCAAUGCACCCCUGGAAAAAUUCGCGCAAGCGUGCUGAAUCUCCAGAUAUAUAACAAACUCUCAUCCCCGUGGUCUACUCGCUCUUAUCAAUUCAGUAGCGUCCGCUUCGCAAAAAUGAUACGUCGUUUAGAUACUAAAGCUCGCCGGGUUAUUAAUUUUUCAUCUAAUUUUUCAACAAGUACCCGAACUACUUGACUCUUAUCUUCGUCAUUAUUAUUUUUAUUAUCAUAACCAUCAUUACAAUAACAGUUACUCAUGUGAUAAAUUGAAGGAUUAGAAGAUUAAUUAUUUUUCGACUCCAAGGUGCUAUCGAUUUAGUUAUCUAGACGUUUGGAUGGAAAUAAAUCUUACAAUCGUUUUCACACAUUCUGUAACUCUUAUAUUUAUUCAUACAAUCUUUAUGUAUUAUUAACAAUAAUUAUUGAUCGUACAAAAAGUGUUUGUUUCUGCAAAUCACAAUUGUGAGUAAAAAAUUUAAAAAUAAUUCAUUUAAUGCCGGUCACAUUAAAUUACAAAUUACCAAUUAAUGAUAAAUUAAAUUUCCGGUAAAAAAUGUCGCCAGUCAGCUUUAUAUAACAUCAAGUGGAAUUCCAGCAAUUAAAUAAUGAAAAAAAAAUUAAAAUAUCUGUAUGAUGAAAUGAUGGAACUACGCAGAACUUCAUGGGCUAAAAAAUCACUUUUAAUAGCAAGUUUCGUCUUGAUCCUGCUCUGGAUUAUUUUCAACGAUACAUUUUGUGCCUUCGGCGGUUUAUCACGCAGAAUAGUCCUCAACAGAAUAAGACUCGCCACACAUAUUCACAUAGAAAGAGCGUCUGCUCUCAGAGAAGUCAAAGUCGAAGAAAUUCCCCUGGAUAAUUUUUUACACUUACAACCCAACACUACCAAGGUCCAGGUCGUCUCGUUGCUGGCCAACAACGCGAGCUUGAAGGACAACACCGUGGAUGUGUCGCCGAAGUACAAAAUACUGAGACAGCAAGGCUUAAUACCUAGCAGACAGCUUCCCAGUGCGCUGAUAAUUGGGGUUAAAAAAGGCGGCACUAGAGCGCUUUUAGAAUUUUUGAGGCUUCAUCCGGAUAUUCGAGCUGCUGGCUCUGAAAUACAUUUUUUUGAUCAUCAUUAUUCUAAAGGAUUCCAUUGGUAUAGACAUCGCAUGCCACCAACCCUAGAAGGCCAAUUAACGAUGGAGAAAACACCGUCAUACUUUGUGACUCCCGAAGUACCAAGAAGAGUCCAGCAUAUGAACCCAGGUACAAAGCUGAUAGUAGUGGUGCGUGAUCCAGUGACACGUGCUGUGUCAGACUACACUCAAGUAAAAAGUAAACGUCCAGAAUUGCCUAAGUUUGAAGAACGUGCCUUUGUAAAUGGGUCAAACAUCGUCGACACUAACUGGGCACCCUUGAGAAUAGGAGUUUAUGCACGGUAUUUGGAGCGGUGGCUCCAGUACUUUCCAUUGUCUCAAUUGCUAUUUGUGUCUGGUGAGCGUUUGAUUGCUGACCCGGUCAUUGAAAUAACAAGAGUUCAAGACUUUCUCGGACUCAAGCGUGUAAUAUCGGAAAAGCACUUUUAUUUUAAUGCUACCAAAGGUUUUCCAUGUUUAAUGAAGUCUGAACAGAAAGCUAUUCCUCAUUGUCUUGGUAAAACUAAAGGACGUAGUCAUCCGUACAUCGAUCCUAUGGCAAUUCAACGGCUAAAAAAUUUCUAUCGACCAUUCAACCAACGUUUUUAUCAAUUGACUCGCAUGGAUUUUGGUUGGUCAUAAAAUAAUUUAAAGACUAAUUUAAACAUAUCUAUUAUCAGUUAAUUUAAAUAUAAUAAAUAAUGUCAAUUCUUGUGAUCUAAGUCAAUUGCUUUGAAUUAACGGUGCAUUCACUCAAUAAUUACAAUUAUUAUUAUUAUUAUUAUUAAUUUUAAAAUUAAGAGUAUUAAAAAACAUUAAAGCUGCUAGAAUAGACAUAAUUAUUUAUUUUACGUUAAAAUAAUUAUUUAAUUAAACUGCACGUUUUUGCUCAAUAACAAGUAAAGUAAAUGCUAAAUUAUAAAAGAGAAUUUAUGUAUAUAUAUCUAUAUAUCUAUAUAUUAGUAAAUAAAUAAACAUAUUUGUACGAGGAUCUAAAAUUGUUAAACUUAUUUGCCUAUAUUAUAUCCACUCAAUAUAGUAAAUUCUAAAACUAUACGUUUUUAUUGUUAUCAACAGCUCAGUUGUCUAUCUUGAUUCUUUUUACAGAUAAUCUUUUUUCAUUAGAACGUAAAAAAAAAUUAUCACAGUACUCCCGAUCUACGUAAUGUGUAUUAUUAAAUAAUUAAAAUCCAUACCAUUAAUUACUGAUUGAGUACUAGCGUAUUGAAAUUAAAUCAAUUAGUUAAGUAAUUACAAAGUUUUAUUAUUAAGAUAAUUAAGUUGCAAAAUUUUUUUGGUACAAUUAAAUUAAUACUU